AUGACGAUCUCCCAAGUCGCUGCUUCGAUUCUCUACGAGCACGGAACGAUUAUCGGAUUCAACACUACGACCGAACAAUUUCAGAUAUACCAAAACGCAUCACUUCACAUACAAAACGAUCGAUUCACUGGCCUGGCGGAGGGUGGCUUGUCUUCGGUACCUCCGAAUACAACUCAAAUCAAUGCUUCUGGCCGAAUUAUUGGGCCAGGAUAUACCCUUGGAUCCAACACCACGCUGGCAGACUACGUUCAAAAAUUCGGCGAGUACGGUCCGGCCGUGCAGAACUUCACCACGACAGACAUAUACCUAGGGCAGCUUGUAGGAAGCUUGGAGUUGCUACACGGAGGCACGACGACGGUGCUCGACCACUCGCACGCUGCAUGGUCUAACGAUGGCAUCGAUGCUAGCGUUAAUGGCUCCUACGACAGCGGUGUUCGUACCUUCUAUGCUCAUACACUACAUGUCAUUGAUAACGACUUCACCUGGAACGACCAAAUCUCUAAGCUACGAGCUCUCACCACUGACAAGCGCUUUCAAGAUAACGACCUCAUGCAUCUUGGCCUGGCCUACGACGACUUCUAUGGCAACACACCUGAAAACAUAACCGAGAUGUGGAACAUUGUCCGUGAGGGCAACCUGACACAUGUCACUACUCACUACAUGAACGGGCCAUGGGGUUGGCUGAAUAGCGUUCAGCUUCUCGAUGAUUUAGGCUGGCUCAACACGAGCGUCCCUGUCGUUUUCUCGCACGGAGCGUUCCUCACCGCUGAGGAUGCACGUCUGUUGCGCCAGCGAAACCAAUACAUCUCCACGACUCCAGAGAGCGAACUACACUUCGGCCAUAAUCAUCCUAAUAUCGAGUUGAUCGUUGAUCAAGCUUCUUUGGGUGUCGAUUGCCACUUUACCUUCUCAUCCAGUCACAUUCAGCAAGCAAGGCUUUGGCUGCAAUCACUUCGGGCGCCAGAGUCUCUCAAAGUCCUCGAGACUUGGGAAGUUCCGUGGAACAAUCCAAUGUCGGUGCGUCAAGCGUAUUACCUCAUUACUCGCGCAGGCGGGCUUGCUCUUCGUCGCCAAGAUCUUGGUAUCAUUGCUGUUGGCUCGAAAGCCGACGUCGUGGUUUACCGUGGCGAUUCCCCCAAUCUUCUAGGGUGGCAUGAUCCAAUCGCUGCUCUGGUGUUGCAUUCGGAUGUCGGUGACAUCGAAGACGUGCUACUUGAUGGCAAGUUCGUGAAGCGAGGAGGAAAAUUGCUUCAUCCAGAUUGGGAAGCAAUCAAAAGCCGUUUCUUGGAUUCCGCUGCUAGGAUCCAAGAGCAGUGGCUCUCCUUCGACUGGCCAUCUUUGACGUCUGGCUCCGGCUUCAACGAUGGUUUCUCGCUAUACGCAACAGCUGACCAAAUUGACAGCCUCCGCGGGAACGGUACCGGCUACUAA